UGCCGAGCCUCCCAGGCCGCAGCCCGGGCGCGGGAGUGCGCGGGGUCCGGAGGGGCCGGGCGGCCGCGCAGACCCCAUGGCCGCGGACGUGGAGCAGCGGCUGGGCAGCCUCACCGUCUUCACCCGCGACGACUUUGAUGGCGACUGGCGCCAAGUGGCCAGCGGCGGCUUCGGCCAGGUGUUCCAGGUGCGGCACAAGCGCUGGCGGACCCAGUAUGCCAUCAAGUGCUCCCCCUGCCUCCUGCCAGAUGCCACCAGCUCCGAUGUGAAUUGCCUCAUUGAAGAAGCAGCCAAAAUGGAAAAGAUCAAGUUUCAGCACAUCGUGUCCAUCUAUGGGGUGUGCAAGCAGCCCCUGGGCAUCGUGAUGGAGUUCAUGGCCAGUGGCUCCCUGGAGAAGAUGCUGCCCACACACAGCCUCAGCUGGCAGCUCAAGUUCCGCAUCAUCCACGAGACCAGCCUGGCCAUGAAUUUCCUCCACAGCAUUAAGCCGCCUCUGCUCCACCUGGACCUCAAGCCAGGUAACAUUCUCCUGGACAGCAACAUGCAUGUCAAGAUUUCGGACUUUGGCCUGUCCAAGUGGAUGGAACAGUCGACCCGGAUGCAGUACAUCGAGAGGUCGGCUCUGCGGGGCACCCUAAGCUACAUCCCCCCUGAGAUGUUCCUGGAGAGUAACAAGGUGCCAGGCCCCAAGUAUGAUGUGUACAGCUUCGGGAUUGUCAUCUGGGAGCUCCUCACUCAGAAGAAACUGUAUUCAGGCUUCGGCAUGAUGACCAUCAUCAUCCGAGUGGCCACAGGCAUGCGGCCCUCCCUGCAGCCUGUCUCUGAUGAGUGGCCAGGCGAGGCCCAGCAGAUGGUGGACCUGAUGAAGCGCUGUUGGGACCAGGACCCCAAGAAGAGGCCGUGCUUUCCAGACAUCACAGUGGAGACAGACAUGCUGCUGUCCCUGCUCCAGAGCGCUGUGGCAGACCCAGAGAGCGAGGCUCUGGCCAGGAAGGUGUCCUGCAAGCCGUCUCUGCGCCGGCCCUGGGAGGUCAGUGAGGAGGUCAGCCAGGAGCUAACAGACAGCGGAAGCUCAGGAGACUACUUGAAGCGGGUCCUGCAUCUCUCGGACAGUGGGAGCCUGGUCCCAAGCGAUGAGGAGCUGCGCAUCUACGAGAACAAGGUCACUCCCCUCCACUUCCUGGUGGCGCAGGGCAGCGUGGAGCAGGUGAAGCUGCUGCUGGCCCAUGAGGUCGACGUGGACUGCCAGACAGCCUGCGGCUACACGCCCCUCCUCAUCGCUGCCCAGGACCAGCAGCCCGACCUCUGCACCCUGCUCCUGGAGCAUGGCGCCAGCGCCAACUCGGCGGAUGAGGAUGGCUGGGCCCCGCUACACUUUGCAGCCCAGAAUGGGGACGACCGCACUGCCCGCCUGCUCCUGGACCACGGGGCCCACGUGGAUGCCCAGGAGCAUGAGGGGUGGACUCCACUCCACCUGGCUGCACAGAACAACUUUGAGAAUGUCGCACGGCUUCUGGUCUCCCGUCAAGCUGACCCCAACCUGAGUGAGGCUGAGGGCAAGACCCCCCUCCAUGUGGCUGCCUACUUUGGCCACAUCAGCCUGGUCAAGCUGCUGACAGGCCAGGGGGCUGUGUUGGAUGCUCGGCAGAGAAACCUGAGGACACCACUGCACCUGGCGGUGGAGCGAGGCAAAGUGAGGGCCAUCCAACACCUUUUGAAGAGUGGGGCAGCCCCCGAUGCCCUUGACCAGAGCGGCUACAGCCCACUGCACAUCGCGGCUGCCAGGGGCAAGUACCUUAUCUGCAAGAUGCUGCUCAGGUAUGGGGCCAGCCUCGAGCUGCCAACCCAGCAGGGCUGGACGCCCCUGCAUCUAGCAGCCUACAAGGGCCACCUGGAGAUCAUCCACCUGCUGGCUGAGAGCCACGCAGACUUAGGGGCUCCCGGAGGCAUGAACUGGACCCCCCUACAUCUGGCUGCCCGCCAUGGGGAGGAGGUGGUGGUGUCAGCGCUGCUGCAAUGUGGGGCUGACCCCAAUGCUGCCGAGCAGUCAGGCUGGACACCCCUCCACCUGGCGGUCCAGAGGGGCGCCUUCCUGAGCGUCAGCAACCUUCUGGAGCACCAUGCAGAUGUCCAUGCUUGCAACAAGGUGGGCUGGACACCUGCCCACUUGGCUGCCCUCAAGGGCAACACGGCCAUCCUCAGAGUGCUGGUCAAAGCUGGUGCCCAGCUGGACAUCCAGGAUGGGAUGGGCUGCACACCCCUGCAGCUGGCCCUCCGGAGCCAAAAGCAGGGCAUCAUCUCCUUCCUUGAGGACAGGGAACCCUCAUCAGCCGUUCUGGGCCGUGCUGAGCCUGGAGCCCAGAUGGAAGUUUAGAUAACCUGGGGUCUCCUUACCUUUAAGGAAGAGAGGUUGGUGGAAGUUCAGCUAGACUUCUGGGGGGGACCCCUUCCCCACCUGUGCUUGUCACCUGCCCCUUCAACCUUGAGAGGAAACUUGGAACCUGGUCUCCUGUGUGAUGGAGGGUUGGGAAGGGCACCACUGAGAUUGUAGCUGGGGACCGGGCCCUGGCAUGGAGGGCUUCUUUCAGCACCUCCUCCAAGUGUGUCUCCAGCAGACCCCUGCCCUCCUUCUCCUGUCCCUGGACUCAGGCCCCCACAGUGAAUUCCCUCUUCAUUCCCAAGACUCCUGCCACCAUUUGCCACUUGCCCCUGAGUUCACAAGGGCCCUUGCGUCCUAGAAAACCCCCUCUGAAGAUGAGAGAAGGCAAGGAGGAGAAGGAAGUGCUCCCUCCCAGCUCAUAUUUGUGGGACUUGGCCCCUGACCUCGAGCUGGGCCAGGAGAGCCAGGCACACGUGCUUUGCUCCAGGGGCAGGAGCUCAAAGUUUGGAGGAAAUUGCUGCUCACUGUUUAAAGUCCAGCCAGCCCCCUGUUGCCACACUGACCACACCUUCCUCAUGGCUCUGGUCCCAGUGCCUGGGUCUCCCACACAGUCUCUUGGGGAUGAAGGAAGGGUGUGUUCCAGCUGCCCAUGAGUGAUCCAUUGUGGGCUGCUCGGUCCCUGGUCCCCCUGCCCCACCAUUCACUGUGUCCAGUCACAUGGCCAGGCUUCAAACCCCGAAGUUAAUAAAGCUGUGGAC